AUGUCUCGCCGUUACGACUCCCGGACUACCAUCUUCUCGCCCGAAGGCCGCCUGUACCAGGUUGAGUAUGCAUUGGAGGCUAUAUCCCACGCUGGUACUGCCAUCGGAAUCCUGGCAAAAGAUGGCAUCGUCCUAGCCGCAGAGCGCAAGGUGACGUCGAAGCUGUUGGAGCAGGAUACCUCGGCCGAGAAGCUCUACAUCCUCAACGACAAUAUGAUCUGCGCCGUUGCCGGAAUGACGUCCGACGCCAACAUCCUCAUCAACUACGCCCGACAAGCCGCCCAACGAUACCUCCUCACCUACAAUGAAGACAUCCCCUGCGAGCAGCUGGUGCGAAGACUGUGUGAUCUGAAGCAAGGGUACACCCAACACGGUGGUCUACGGCCGUUCGGUGUGUCCUUUAUCUACGCAGGAUGGGACCCCCAGAGACAGUUCCAGCUGUACCUGAGCAACCCAUCGGGCAACUAUGGCGGUUGGAAGGCGACGAGUGCAGGCGCAAACAAUGCUAGUGCGUCCAGUCUGUUGAAGCAGGACUACAAGGAGGACUGCACGUUGAAGGAAGCUUGCGCAAUGGCCGUGAAGGUACUAAGCAAGACAAUGGACUCGACCAAGCUGAGCAGUGAGAAGAUUGAGUUUGCGACUGUGGGGCAGACCAAGGAUGGCAAGAUCUACCACCGGCUUUGGAGCGCGGAUGAGAUCACGACUUUGUUGAAGGAGCAGGACCUGGCAAAGGAUGAGAGUGCUGAGGAUAAAUGA